GUUGAUCUAGCGGAUAUACCGGUCGGUGUCAGCCUUCGGUGGCAGCGUGUUCUCUGUGUGCUCAGAACCAGACUGAACACUGUGGUGCGUGUGCAGCACAUUCCGGGCUUUGGGAGAUUAUAGUGUGUUGAGUCUUGCAUUAUUGAUCCUUGAAGAUACUGUGAAAAAAUGCUGCACCUGGUUUAUAUUGUGCUGCUCUUAUCCGCUGCUUUUCACACAGGUUCAAGCUUGCCUAGUUGUGACAUAGACUGGUCGACAAUUGGCUGGAUUGCUGGAGGAGCAGCUGUUGCAGUGAUUGGCACCCCAGUUAUUGUUGGCUUAGCUGGGUUCACCAGUACUGGAAUAACAGCUGGAUCCAUAGGAGCACAUCUGAUGUCUGCAUCUGCUGUUCUCAAUGGAGGAGGGGUAGCGUCUGGUGGUGUUGUGGCAACUCUCCAGUCUGUUGGAGCCGCUGGAUUCUCCACUGUUGGUACUACUGUCCUAGGAACCUUCGGUGCUGUUACUGGCUGUCUGUCCAAAUCAUAUUUAAAGCAUUCUUCAGAUAAAUCCUAAAAUCAACAGGCUUUCGGAGUCAACACUUAGCAGGAGUUAGCCAUGAUCACAUGCUAACACAUCACAAGAGGCUUUCCCUGUUUGGGAUAGAGAAUUAUUUGCUAAAUGAUCUAUAGAUUUAAAUUUCAAAAUGCAAGAAGUUACAGCAGAUACUUUUAAUUUUACUAUUGUAUUUACUUAAGUCUGUAUUUCAAUGUUUUCAGAGCUAUGAAAGAAUCUUCUCAUUUAGAAGUGAGUUAAAUAUUCAGCUUUUUUCUGGAAAUGAAAUGGAAAAUGCUGGAAAUGCACAGCAGGUCACUGUCAUGAAAUGUCAACUCAUUAUUUCUCUCCACAGGUGCAGCCUGAUCUGAAUAUUUCCAACUUGUGUAAUAUUUUGCUCUUGGCAUACACCACUUCAAAGUCAGAAAUAUGCUAUUCUAAAACUGGUUACUGGGUAAACAGAAGUUCUGUGACAACAUUUCAUAGAAAUUUCUGUGGGAGUUGUAAGUGGAUCAGUACAUUCAAUGUGAAAGUGUUUUUGGAUGGUCUAUUGUAAGAAUGAAAUUAUCUGUUCUGGGAUAUCAUAGAAGUUUUCUAAUUUCAACGGAUUAUCAAAGGAUUUCACCACGAUAAACACUUGAAGGAUGGAUUUUUCAUCGAUUGGGUCUUCAAAUUGUUGCCAUAAUAUUGGCAGAGGUCCAACAGAAACUUCUGAAAAUGAUCUUAAUAUUCAUCUUUUUCUUCCACUCUUCUGUUCAAGAAAGAUUCCAGAAGAAUAUAAAAUAAAAAGAAAUAACAUAA